UCAGGAAGUAAACAACGUUUGUUUCUGUUUCGCACCGGCAUAUGAGCAACAGAGGACAGAUUCACAUUUUAAGAAUACGUUUGCUCUCAAGUAUAUAUUAUCACCGUGUUUCGAUAUAUAUUUAUACACAAAAGGACGACGUAGGCUACGGCUUGGGUUCCCUUUGGAGGUCGGUACAUAACAAAGCAUUUGUCAUGCCACCACCGAAGAAGAGGGCAUUGCUCAAACCCCUCCCAGAAGGCUUCCUACUGACCGACAGUGAGAAGAAGAAAUGGAGGCUGGGUAAAAUCAUCGGCGAAGGUGGCUGUGGACUCAUCUAUUUAGCCUCCCGUGAUGUGGACAGACCUGUUGCAGCAGACACUGACUUUGUCAUAAAAGUGGAGUACCAUGAGAACGGCCCCCUGUUCUCCGAGCUCAAGUUCUACCAGAGGGCAGCCAAAGCGGAGAGCAUGCAAAAAUGGAAGCAAAGAAGGAAACUGGGCUUCCUGGGCAUUCCAACCUACUGGGGAUCAGGACUCGCUGAAUAUAAUGACCUGAGGUAUCGUUUCAUGGCCAUGGACCGACUGGGCAGUGACCUUCAGAAAAUCUUGGAACACAGCGGAGGUCAACUGAAGAAGGCCACAGUUCUCCAGCUUGGACGAGGACUGGUGGACAUUCUGGAGUAUAUUCAUGAGAACGAGUAUGUGCAUGCAGACAUUAAAGCUGCCAACCUCAUGCUGGGCUGCAUAGACCCUGAACAGGUCUAUCUAGCAGACUACGGGCUGUCCUACAGAUACUGUCCUGAUGGAGUCCACAAAGAAUACAAGGAAAACCCCAAGAAGGGCCACAAUGGAACCAUUGAAUACACCAGCCUUGAUGCCCACAAAGGACUUG